UAUUUGUUAGAAACAUUACGGUAGACGUUCCUUGUGUCAGCUCAGCUCCCAUGAUCCUUUGCUUGUGGUGCUAGCUGUACAGUUAGCUAGCUAGGUACAGAAAUUACAGAUAAAAGUUGUCAACACGUUUCUCAUUCGGUAUCUAAAUCAAACCUACCGCGACAAUGAAAGAUGUUGCCGGGUACCUCAAAACGCAACAGAGCAUGAGCUCAACUCCGGAGAUGGCAUCGGAAUGGCACACACUAGAGGAGUUUUACAACAAAAAGUUGUGGCAUCAGUUGACCCUAAAGCUCACAGACUUUGUAAAAGACCCUUGCUUUGCCACAGGAGAUGGCCUCAUACAGCUGUACGAUAACUUCCUCAGUGACUUUGACCACAGAAUCAACCCCCUGUCUCUGGUGGAGAUCAUCCUGUAUGUUGCCAGACAAAUGACAGAUCCUAAAGAUGCUAUCACUUUCCUUGAGAAGACUAAGGAGAAGGUGAAGAGCAACGAUGAGUCUGUCAUUCUGUGCAAGACAUCUAUUGGAGCCCUUAAACUGGAGAUAAAUGACCUUCCAGCCACAAAGAUAUUAAUUGAGGAGGUAGAGGAGACGCUGAAUAACUUGCCUGGUGUGACGUCAGUCCAUGGGCGAUUCUACGACCUGUCCAGCAAAUACUACCGCAUCGUGGGGAACCAUGCCUCUUACUACAAGGACGCCCUGCGCUAUCUCGGCUGUGUUGACAUCAAAGACCUGCCAGAGACAGAGAAGCAGGAGAGGGCUUUCACACUGGGUCUGGCUGGACUCUUAGGAGAAGGAGUUUACAACUUCGGAGAGCUGCUGAUGCACCCAGUACUGGAGUCCCUAAGGAGCACAGACAAGCAGUGGCUGAUAGACACAUUGUACGCCUUCAACGGAGGCAACGUGGAGAAGUUCCAGGCCUACAAGUCUGCCUGGGGAGCGCAGCCUGACCUGGCAGCAAAUGAAGCCAAACUGAUGCAGAAGAUUCAGCUGCUGUGUGUGAUGGAGAUGACGUUCACUCGUCCCGCCAACAACAGACAGCUGACCUUCCAUGAGAUUGGACAGAGUGCCAAGAUCCCCGUCAACGAGGUGGAGCUGCUAGUGAUGAAGGCUCUGUCUGUGGGUCUGAUCAAAGGAAACAUUGAUGAGGUGGACCAGAAAGUUCAGAUGACCUGGGUGCAGCCCCGAGUACUGGACCUGCAGCAGAUCAAGGGCAUGAAGGACCGGUUGGACCUCUGGUGUGGGGAUGUGAAGAACAUGGCUGUGUUGGUGGAACAGCAGGCUCACGAUAUCCUCACCUAGACAGGCCUCCUCCCUCUGGUCUCCAUUGCCCUGUUCAGAACAACCCCUUAACCUCUAGACACUUGUAGAGAUCAGAGAAGAUUUGAUAGGUUUAUGCAGUAUGAUGAUAGUACCUUGCCCUCUGAUAGGCUAGGUAGUUUUGGCCAUGUUGCUUACACCAGUCUGAUCCUCUCAGACAAGGGUCUAUGGUGGAGGUGCAAGGAUUUUCUUCUGUACAGGGCCCUUCCCUCAGCCUGUUCACCCCUAGAACAGCCACCUUCAACAGACACACCACCAUCACAGGAAUCCUUUCUUCAUUCCUCUACCUAUCUCCCAGAAGGACUGAUGCAUCCAGAUUUUUCAGUUUUUUUAUUUGUAUUUUUGUUGGGGUGCAGUGUACGUUCUUGUUACUUUAAAGCAGUAAAUAAAUAAAAGAUAAUAUUGUUGAA